UUGCUUGCAAGAUAUGCUGCCGUGAGACGAGUGAAUAUUGUAUUUUAAAAUUAACAAAAUAAAAUCUUGUGUAUUUUAUAUAUAUUUACAAAUAACAUAGCUAAUAUAUAGUUAUUUAUUAUAAAAGAUAAAUAAGCUCUAUAAACAAAAAUGUUUUGUUGUCUACGCACUUGUUUUAAUGGCAAUAUGCGAAAGCCAACAAAAGCAGCGCAGCGUUUACGGGAACCUGAAAUACAUCUGGAUGCCGCGCAUAUGGGACCUGACGUAGUUUUGCUCUCACAUCAAUUGCGUAUUACUGGUAACGGCGCAGCUCUGGGUACUGCGCCACUCGUGCAAUCAAAGUCAUAUUUUGAAAUUAAAAUACAACAAUCUGGUUGUUGGUCCGUUGGUUUGGCCACAAGACAAACAGAUUUCACAAGAAAAUUUGGUGGUUGUGAUAAGGAAUCGUGGUGUUUAUGUUCAGAUAAUGCGACUAGACACAAUAAUGAAGAAUUCCGCCCAGUUGUUGUAAAUACACAAGAGCCUACGAGUGUUCCUUUACAUUCCUUAAUAAAUAGUAAUAAUAAUGCAAUUAGUGAGACAGCGUCGGCCGCAGGUCUCAUAGGCAUUGAAGAUUUGCCAGAGGAUGUGUUUUUACCAAGUGGUAACGAUCAAAUAUUAAACACUGAUAAUGCCUUAGCGACGUCGACGGAACGUGUAUUUCCUGAUGAGGGUGACAUUAUAGGCAUUGCAUUUGAUCAUAUUGAACUAAAUUUUUACUUUAAUGGAAAAAAUUUAGAAACGCCUUUUCGUAAUGUUAAAGGUGCAGUGUAUCCUGUUAUUUAUGUCGGCAAUGGAGCGGUCAUUGAUAUAAUUUUAGAGAGUUUUAAUUACGGCCCUCCGCCUGGAUUUGAUAAAAUUAUGCUCGAACAAUCUUUACUUUAAAUUCAAAAGCAACUUACGUCCAAAGGUAUUUUAGUAUAAGUUUACAUAAUUUGAAACUAUUAAUA